GGAGCCCCGCCUCGGCCGUGGCGUGGGGAGCUGCGCUGCAGAAAGAUUCUCUGAGGCUCAUGUGUUAAAGCCCUGAGAGAAGAGGCAUUGCAAGAUGCAAAUGGAAACAAGGGCAUCCGAUUUUCACUGAUGUCUGUUGGAUUUAGGUUAGGAUUUGACUAUGGCAGUGCAGUUCCUGCGGAAGGCAUCUGUGUGGUUAAAGAAGCGCAAGAUCACUUUGUUGGCCGUUUCUUGCGUGGGACUGUUUGGCGCUAACCUUUCCUAUCAUGUGUUUCCUGAGCAGACGUUCAAACUGUUGCACGAGUGCUGGUCAGAGGGGCAGCCAGCUGAGCUUUCACAGAGGCUCUGUGGUGUCUUUCAGGAUGUCCUUCAAGAUACUGAUGUGAAGUCCACUGACUCCUAUCGAGCUUUUGCAGCUUCUGGCUUCCACCCUGUGAGUGCUGGAAUCCCCUGGCUGCCUGCAGGCUCUUUGGUGGGCAUCCCACCUAACUUUGAUAGCACGGCUGAGGAUAAAAAAGGAAUAGUCAACCAUGUUGUCAUGAUCAAUGGCAAGGAAGUAGACUGGGAGAGCAGCGAAGGUGUUGCUUUGAAGGAAGCUCUGACAUUUUCGCUUAAUGCUCAGAAGUUUGCCAUUGCCAGAGAAGUUGUGUAUUUGCAGAACAGCAGCCCCUUAGCAAGUGCAGUUGUGGCUCCAACUUGCUUAGCUGGCACAUUUCUCUGCGGGAGAGGUAUAAAGCUACUUCUGGGUUUAUCUCCUGGCCCCAUGAUACUUCGCAGCAUCUGUAACCUCAUAACUGCAGCUGGUGGAUUAAUGUGCUAUUACGUUUCUUAUGAUGCUAUGACCUAUCACCUGGACUGCAAGGCUGACAGAAAGGCAGCUACUGUUUCCAAAGACUAUGCCAGAGGCGGGGUUGAAUUCUAUGAUAAAAUCUUAUCCCGCAACAGGAUUCUUCGUGGUCUGAUGGGCAAACAAGGGAUGAAAAUGUAUGCCCCGAGCGGUAACCUUUUCCCAAGACACUGGUUCAGAAUAAAGUAUACCCCGUACACUUACCGAAGAGAUUUGAUUGUUAAUAUUUUAAGAGAGCUCCAUGCAUAGGAAGGGAGUGCUUGAAUUUUAAACUUGUGAAUUAUGUAUCCUCUUGGAACACUGCUGUGCUGCUCUUUUUUUUUUCUGUAUCUUCAUUAGAAUUUCAGGGUUUAUUUUUGCAUAUAGUUCGGAAGGAGUUAUUGCACAUUCUGUGAAUAAAGAAUUCUCUCUUAAAAUAUUAAAGACUCGCUUCAAAAGUG